AUGCUUCCCUUCCGACAACUCGUUUCUAGCAUCUCUGUGGCGCUCGUAGUGCUUCAGACGCACCAGUAUCUUCAUGGAACGGGACAAGCUCUUGCCAGGCCUGUGGGCCAAAACAGUGUCAACGACGCCUUCAAUAGGCGGUCUACGCAGCCCGGCACAGCUGUUCCAGCCUCAGAUGGGAGUGGAGAGGCUACCAUGAACCCAGAGGCUGUUCUCAAGGCACUCAAGGCGCUUACCGAAGGUAUACAAAGCCAGUCUGACGACCAAAACCGUCAGCCUGUCAUGGUCAUCUCUCAUGGCGAGGGAGGGCCAAUCAAGCCCAGCACUUCUUCCUCAGCUUCCAACGCAAAACCUACCGACAGCGGCAAGAAGUCUAAGGAAGAUCCGCAGCCGAACAAGAACAAGAACAAGAACGACAAAGACAGGAGCGGAAAAUCCAAGUCCAAUGAUGCAGCCAAAGCGGUGCUGAAGGCGCUUCAACAACCACGCACACGCUUCUGUGCCCAGGCUGCCAACACGAACGGUACUAUCGAUGAUAUUUCACAAACACUUGUCAAGAAGGAACGUAGGCGUCUGGCUGCCAUUCGCAAGCAGCGCGCCUCCAAAACUUCGUCCAAAAACAACGCUACCGACGCGCGCUCCCUGACCGAUGCUAAGCUGCUGGCAGAACAGACCAAGACCGUCUCGGUCGUCUGGCACAUCAUCCACUCUGGCUCUGCUGGCAACGUUACAGAUGACAUGGUUGCGAGCCAGAUAGAUACGCUCAACACAGACUACAAGCCCUACGGGUUCGCGUUCGACCUGAAUACUACGGAUCGCGUCGACAACGCCAACUGGUUCAAGAACGUGUCACCUGACACUGAUCUUCAGACGCAGAUGAAGAGUGCGUUGCGUCAGGGCGAUGCAAAGACGCUCAAUUUGUACAGCGUUGACUUCUCCAACGGCUUGUUGGGCUACAGCGCCUUUCCGUGGGAUGUACAGGACGACCUGGUCAACGAUGGCGUGGUGUUCCAGUACAGCACUGUACCUGGUGGUAGCGAGACCGGGUACAACAUGGGCAAGACAGUGACGCAUGAGGUGGGCCACUGGCUAGGCUUGUACCAUGUGUUCCAAGGGGGGUGCAACUCGCCGGGGGACUACGUGGAUGAUACGCCGCCGCAGAGCAUAGCGACGAGUGGGUGUCCGACUGGCCAGGAUAGCUGUUCUGGUGGCGGCGUGGAUUCCAUUCACAACUACAUGGACUACUCGAGCGACGCCUGCUACACCGGCUUCACCGAGGGACAAGCGGUUCGAAUGGCUGCCCUCACUUCUCAGUACCGCUCUCUCUAG